AUGAACGUUCGCUUUGGGCCCGAAGGUGCGGCCGCAAUCAUAGACCGUAAACUCUCGGACAAGGACUUGGCCAAAACAGAAACCCGUCGACACCCGGAAGCUCCUGACUGCGACAGCUUGGUGCAAUUCUUGUGCCUGAACCAGGAGAAAGAGACUGAUUCGACGGAAACAACUGUGAACACUCUCUACGAGGCUGCUGAGGCUGAGAGCUCCAGCUCAGACUCCAGCAACAAUGACUCGAACUCCAGCGAUACAGAGUCCAGUGAAGUUGAAAAGAAAAAAAAGAAGAAGGGAAAGAACGCAAAGGAGAAGAAGACAAAGAAAACUUCUCGCAAGACCGGGAAAGAGACAAAAGCGAAGGCCAAAGCCAAAGGCGCUGCAAAGAAAAAGGACAAGAAGCAAAAAAAAGAAAGGAAGCAGGCCAAGGAAGAUGAUGAGGACCUAGCAUCUGAGGAGGCUGAGAAAGCCAAAAUCAAAGCGGAACAGCAAGAGGCAAUGAAGAGAGCAAAGAAGGCCCUCAUGUCGCCAAAUCUUCGAGAUGCUGUGCUGUCUGAUAUCAAGGCAAGUUCGCCAGCCAGCGAUGCAGAAUGCUUUGCAGCUUCUCAAUCCUGGGAGGCCGCGGUGGCUUCUGUUCAGGGAGUUCGGGAUGAGCUGCUUCAGGCUUUGGAUGCCAAGAAGGAGCCUCACUACAUCGAAGUUCCUGUGCUAGAUUUGAACCAAGAUGAGAAUGUCACCCUUGCCCGUCUACCAAUGCUUGAUGUCCAAGACGUUCUGGCUUAUGUGCAUGACACUGUCGGGCUACGCUCACCGAAUGAGCAUGUUGAGAUGUAUUGGUCAUGGGGCAAAAGAAAUGGGGCUGGCUGGUCGCGAUUAGGAGGAAGCGGAGUUGUACCUGUGGGCUUGUAUGCUGACGAAACAAAGUAUGGAGGCCCAUUUAGUGAUGAGAAAGUAUUAGGCGUAUUCAUCAACCUUGUAUUGCAUCGUCCAGCAAGCAUCCGCUACAGUCGCUUUUGCAUUUUUGCAUGCCGAUCGGCAUUGAUUCUGGGAAAUAGAACCUUAUAUCCGAUCUUCCAUCGCAUUGUUUGGGGGUUCCAUUUGGCUUUCAAAGGAUUGCGGGCUGAUGGAGAACUUUUGUGCAAAGACGGUACAAAAUUUUUGUGCACUGAGCUGCGGGGUGACCUUGCUUGGCACAAGUGCAUUUGGGGGUUUGAAAAAAAGGGUUGGCAGGCCAAAGAUGUUUGCUGGUUCUGCGAUGCGAAAAAUCAAGGAAACGCGUGUCUCUAUACAGAGAUUGGAGAAAAUGCUGACUGGGUUGAAACGAUCGUCGAGAACACCUGGGAGUGGGCAAACAACACACUGCCUCAACACAACUUGAUAGGGCUGAUCGAGGCUGGCUUUUACGGGUCUCCAGAGGACAGCUUGAAACUGAAUCUGUCCAGGGCGCGUCGUGAUUUUGAGAUGUGGCGCAAGCAGAACAAGAUCCAAUGCUCACAGGGUCCAUGGGCUCCAGGACUUGUGGCUAGACAGCAUAGAUAUUGUACUGUACAAUUUACCAGAAAAAGAACAACCUUUUUGCCGCGCACUGGUGUUAAAGUGUUUUUUGUUUCCGCUUUGUGA